AUGACACUGAAGUAUUUAUGGCUGGUGGCCCUCGUGGCUCUAUACAUUUCACCCAUCCAGUCUCAGAACUGUGUGUAUCUGGAUCAUACCAUCUUGGAAAACAUGAAACUUCUGAGCAGCAUCAGGACCACCUUUCCCUUAAGAUGUCUAAAAGAUAUCACGGAUUUUGAGUUUCCUCAAGAGAUUCUGCUGUACGUCCAGCAUGUGAAAAAGGACAUAAAGGCAGUCACCUAUCAUAUAUCUUCUCUGGCGCUAAUUAUUUUCAGUCUUAAAGACUCCAUCUCCCUGGCGACAGAGGAACGCUUGGAACGUAUCAGAUCGGGACUUUUCAAACAAGUGCAGCAAGCUCGAGAGUGCAUGGUAGACGAGGAGAACAAGAACACGGAGGAGGACAGUACAUCACAACAUCCUCACUCAGAGGGCUUCAAGGCAGUCUACCUGGAAUUGAACAAGUAUUUCUUCAGAAUCAGAAAGUUCCUGGUAAAUAAGAAAUACAGUUUCUGUGCCUGGAAGAUUGUCGUGGUGGAAAUAAGAAGAUGUUUCAGUAUAUUUUACAAACUACUCAACAUGAAUUGAGAAUCAUCCAGCUUCAAGCAAGAACUUAGAUAGAAGUUGUGACUGCUCAAAUGUCCCCAAGAACGCUUGAUUCUAAGGCUAUUGCGAGUCUGCUGCUACACACUUCGGACGCAAGACUUUUCAAGGUCAGGGUUCAAGGCAGUACAGUCAAAGGAAGUCUUAUGUUAAGCAAAAGAAAAAUUUCAGUGGAAAAGCUAGCAGAAAUGUCAACUUGUCAAAAAAACAACUUAUGGAUUAUGGCAUUGACGUUACUAGCAAAAAAAAUAAAACAAAAAAAAACAACAGUCACUAAAAUGAGUGAAUAUAAUCU